AUGGAAGUUUGUUUUCUACGUGCUUUCCUCCUCGUCGCCCUGACGGCUGUGACUUUAGCAGACGAUGGACAGGUGACGUUUGUAUCAGAGCUCUCGUCCAAACCAGCUCAGAAAUUGUCGAAGUACGGUUGGUACGGCAGCGUGAGGCUGCAGAGGUUUCAUAUACCGGAGGAAACUGCCGUCGCUCGCUGGCUGUUUUCGGUCACCAAGGGCCACAGCUUCAACUGUGGACAGCACAAUGUCUCCAUCCAUAUUCAAUAUGGUGCCCCUCCAGUUAUAAACCCAGUAGGUUCGGUGUUUCCCAAUGCAACGCUAUGGAGCUCCUGUCUGUCUCUGAUCCUCCCGGUGACGUCACAAAGCUCCACAACCUUUAACCUCUCCAAUCCUGCUCCCGGUGUUUGGUACGUUGGCGCCCACUUGCCUGAAGAUGAUGGGCGAAUAGAGCAGAAGGGCUUUCCGUCUUGCUCGUAUUUCUUCCAGCCUCAGCUGUCAAUCAGGAGAGCAGUGGACACACCUAUUUUACAGCAGGGCACAUUCCUCCUGCAGUCUGCAGCUGCUGACAGACCUGCACGCCUUAAGUUGUAUGUUCCAGAGUUUGUCUCCUCUCUCUCCGUCUCUGUGGCUGACUGUUCGUCAGGGGAAGGAGCAGACGGUGAAAACUGUUCGCUGGUCCUCAGGCUCGGCUCCACCUCCCUGCAGCAGCGCCCAGUAACCGUGAACUGCUCGGGGAUUGGCUGCUCAGCAUCUCUCACUAACCCUCCUUGGGAUACCUGGUUACGAGUUGUCGUGGAGUGCAGCCUAGACAACCAUACUGUGACCUUUAGUAUCGUCUCCAACUACACAGUGGGGUGUAAGCCAAAAAGCGUAGGCCUUAAUGUAGACGAUGACAUCAACAAGCUCCGCAGCAACAGCAGCUCUACCAACUGGACAUCAUCGGGCAACAACUCGGUGAUUACAGAUGAGGUCGCCCUGAGCAACGACUCUGCGUCCCUCUUAACACCGCUGUUGGCGUCGGCGUGUGUGUGGAGCAUCCCCGUGCUCCACGAGGAGUUGGAUGUUCUGUCGCUCAGAUUCACUCCCGUCAAUGGACCCAACGUCAGCGUCACAGAUACACACCCCACACUGCUCACCUACCCGCUGCACACACAAGCAACUGGUGGUACUCUCAACCUACAGCUCACACUCAACACUACUAAUGUAACCCUGGGGAACAGCAGCAGUGUGGUGGCCUGUCUCUCACCCUGGGCUCCAGUCCUCGACCUCAACCGCUCUCAGCCCUGCCGCACAGCUUUGUUCGGAGGAUACGGUGUUCGUGUGAAUAACAGCCAUCCUAAAGCUGUGGUCAGGCUGCCCUUUCCUCAGUCGACAACAUGGUACCUCACCCUGCAGCUUACAUGCAACGGCAGUGACUGUGGUAAUGCAUCGUUGGUGUCCGUGGUCCCAGAAGUGUUUAUCAGUGCCUGUGUAGAGGACUGUGGGACUUACGGUGAAUGUAGACUACUGAGAUCCUACAGCUACCUGUACGCUGCCUGUGUCUGCAAGACUGGCUGGAGAGGUUGGGGCUGCACCGAUGAUUCCACAGCUCAGUCGUAUCGUCGCCAGUUGACGGCAACUCUGCUGCUCACGCUCAGUAACCUGGCCUUCCUGCCUGCCAUCGUGGUGGCCAUCAAACGCUGCUACAUCACUGAGGCCUCCGUCUACCUCUUCACAAUGUUCUUCUCCACGUUCUACCACGCAUGUGACCAGCCAGGUGUAGCUGUACUCUGUAUAAUGGACUACGAUGCCCUACAAUAUUGUGACUUCCUGGGGUCGAUCUGUUCCAUCUGGGUCACCAUCCUGUGCAUGGCUCGCAUCAGGGACACAUUCAAAUAUACUCUGUUCAUGCUCGGGGCUCUGCUUAUAGCCAUGUCAAUGCAGCUGGACCGCAAAGGCCUGUGGAACCUGCUGGGCCCCGUCCUCUGCGCCAUACUGCUCAUGGUCACGGCCUGGGUCUACCGAGGGGUACGGCGACGACACUGUUACCCGCCUUCUUGGAAACGAUGGGUCCUCUUCCUGAUCCCCGGGGCAAUCUGUGCCCUGAUCGGGGUAUGUUUGUACAUUUUUGCCGAGACCGAGGACAACUACUACUACAUUCACUCGCUGUGGCACAUCCUGGUGGCCAGCUGCGUGGUGUUCCUGCUGCCGCCGAAGGAGAAGAACAGGGAGGCGCUGGGCUGGAGCAGGGGCUGGAGCUGGACCUGGAACUGGAGACCCCGGGUCUGUGGGUACACGCUCUGUCAGAGCGACAAGGAUGAACUCUACACUGUCACAUAGAAGGACAGGAGCUGCUGUAAGGAAGUAAAGCGACCAAGCAGUCGAUUGUUAAACAGCACUGCAAACAAUCACAUAAGGUAAAAAGACACACAAGCACAGGGUGUCUGCUCGCUAUAUUUCAACCUGGACCCUAUUUAAAAAGAAGUGUGUGUCAAAGUGACUGAUGGGGACUAUUUUCUAAAAAUGGUCCAGUGUUGAGCGAGAUUGUUUGUUAGUGUGUCAUGUGACUUGUUGCUGGGAGAAAACCGUGGAAACUUGAGCAAGUUGGAGAGAGGAGCGCCGGUGUUGUCAGUGUGUUGUGUUGGAGAACAGAAAGCGUCGCAGAGUGUUAUCUAAAAGACUUUAAAAUGUCUUCCUGGCUGAACAUUUCAUGUGGACGAGACUUCUCCCAGUUAGACCCAAUAACAAACAGAGCGGAUGAAGUGAAAGGUAAAGAAAAACAUUUUAUUUCUCUGUAGGGUCCGUUCCAAAAUGUUGUCAGACACUUAUAAUAACAACGUGAGCCUGUCGGUAGCAAAAACAAGCACUUUCAGUGGGCGUACAUUGAUGGUGCAGAAUUGUCUGAUAUGAUGACUUUACAGCUCGUUUAGCGGCUGCAGCGUUCUCGCUCAAUACUGGACCAAUUUCAAAAAGUGUUGUCCCCAUUAGUCAUAGUGUUCAGGUUGAAACGUAUCGUAGUUCCCCUUAAAGACUCUGACUCUUCAAAGUUUCCCUAUAUCUUGAACAAAGGAUUUAAAAAUGUAGACCUAUAUUCUCAUAGGUCUACAUUUCUCAUGUUCACAUUUACAGACUGUUUGAAACUCUUCCUAAAUUUGAGUAAAAAAGAUUUGUAAAGGUCUUAAAUGAACUUAGACAUGAAGACACAUUUAACCCAGAGUGAACCGGCUGAAACCUCCCAGCUGGUCCAAACAAAACCUUCAGGUAACAGACCACUUGACCUUGGACCUCAUGAUCAGGUGUUUGUACAUAUUGUGCAUGUACAUAUAGGCUAGGAAAUCAAUGUUUAAAAUAUUUAUAAGAAACUUUUAAAUCUUUAUAAUCUGCCAAUCGUUGACUCUGCUGGUAAAGUAUAAUAUAUUUAUAGUCGAUUAUAAACUCCUCAUUCUCGUAUCCUCUUGUAUUGACAUUAUCCGCACGGGCCUGUGAACACUUUGAUCUAUUUGAGAUGUGCUUGAUCAUUAACUGCCAGGUAGUUUAAAAUAGUUUGGCUUUCUAGCUUUGUUCUGGAACUUUGAACCAUAUUGCACUUAAGCUUUUUCUAAGUCAAAAACAUUGUAGAAAAGUAAUCAAAAACAUCUAAUAGGAAAGGAUUUAAAACUAGUAAACUGCUCUUUCUGCUUGCCACAUUUCUCAUGCCUUCCUAUAACCCACAGUGUAUGCACUGUGCAUGUACCGUUUAACUGAAUGAUGGGGUCUCCUCAGUUUAUUUUCCCACUUUGAAAUCUUACCACCUCUUACUUUUGACACUUAUUCCUGAGCACUUUUAUGAUGAAUGUUUUAAAUACAAAUGUAAUAUACGUAGCCCUUAUGUGUAUGAAUGGGCACUAUGAAUGUAUAUUCAGAUUGCUGUGUGUGUGUGUGUGUGUGUGUCUCUGGCACCAGUGAAGCUACGGAGCACUUUCCAUACUUAAUAUACCAUACAUAUUUAAAAUAAGACCCAUGCUGUGCAGAUUUUCUCAUCGUUAUAUUUUACACAAAUGAAAUGUUUCUGUCACACUCGCCUUACUUUCUUUUUUAGAAAAUAUUGUUCUUUGUGUGAAUCACUUUAUUUAAAUGUGACAUCUCAGUAGGAGUAUGAAAGGCAUUGUACCACUUCAAUACACUGUAGCUCUCAUGCGUGUAAGGAUGAAGAAAUGUAAUGUAUAUGUAAAAAGGAUUUUACUUCCUUGUACUGGACAGCUACUUUAAAAUCUGUUCAAAACAAAAUCCAAACAUUGAGCCCACCAAAAAUAAAGCUAUGGUAUAA